AUGGCAGGACUAGACGAAGAUGCUAUAGACGAGGUCUUGUACCUGGCGCGCGCAAACGAACCUUCCGAGCUUGAUUCGUACGUCUCCGAACUAUCCACACAGACCAAGCGAUCGAAAGCGGAACUGUUCGCUGCGGCUACCGACCCAUACUCGAAGAAUAGCGCACUGCACUAUGCUGCUGCCAAUGGUCAUAACGAUAUCAUCAAGUUGCUCUUCUCGACAAGCGCAGAGAAGCCCGAACCGGCAUUUCUCAACGCGGUCAACGAUGCAGGAAACACUCCCCUUCACUGGGCUGCGUUGAAUGGCCACCUCGAAAGCGUGAAACUCCUAGUACAGUCCGGCGCCGACGUCACCAUCAUCAACCGAGCGGGCCACGAUGCGGUCUACGAAGCGGAGAUCAACGACAAGAACGAGGUGGUAGACUGGCUGCUCGGAGCCGUGGAAGAGCUGGAGAAUGGCAUUGGACAGAAUGGCCAGACGGGAGCCGGAGACGCAGAUGACAACAUGGAUGAUGCGGAUGCAGAAGUGGAGUGCGCCCAAGACAGCAAUGCAUCGGCGCAAGGGGUCGCAGCCGAACCGACAGUGGAAGGCGUUCGGAAGCAGAUGGCGGACAUGAGUACCCAGGAUGUCGUGUCGAAGGGUGGCUGAAGCAGCUGUAUCGUUGGCCGCAAUAUACGUAUAUUAAUGACGGCGUGCGACCUGCAAGGAACCUGAUCGCAUCGGGUUCAUGGCAAGGCCGGGCUCCACGUGGCACGAGCCUGUGCAAGACAGCCACAGUUCCGGGGCAAGGUCUAGAAAGAUGGACGCGGCGCAUAAGAGAGCAGUAUUGGUUGAUGAACAAGGCAACAAAAAUGCCAUUGUAUCUAUGGGUCAUGCACUGAAGUGUACAAGACCUUGCUAGCUUCCAGUUAUGACUACGAGCAAUAGAGGCUUACUCCUGCUGGCAAAGCCACCUAUAUCCAGACGCCUAGUCAAGAAAGCAGACUGGCUCUCAUCAUUGGUCAUCCGCUCGAGUACACAAUGAGCGGUCAUCAUGCUCAUGUAAAGCAUGUGGUUCAUACCACGACGCUGAGCGAAGACGCACAGUCCCAUCAUGCUAUACUAUCGCAUCCAAAGGCACCAGAA